GAGGUCUGCUGCGAGGGAGGGCCGGUCUGCCGGUGCAGGCGGCGGUGGCUACGCAAGGGCUGCUGCUCAGUCUGCUGCAAGCGGCGAGGGCUUCGCGAGGUCUCGUUUCCCAUCUCUGCACUCAAAUCGGCAGCACGCGGUCCAGCUCAGCCCAGCGCCCUGCACCCUCUGCAACAACCAGGGCAACAGGGAUCGCCACCACCCUUUACGUAGGUAACUGACAUGAAACCUGGCUGAAACUAAGAAGAAAUGUAGACAGUACAGUGAGCACACAUGAAGAUGAAUCAUCUAGUGAUCAAAAUGUGCGAGUUGGCCCUGGAAUAGAAAAUGAAAAGUUGGUCAUAAUUGUACCCGAGGAAAAUACAAAUAGCCAAAUGCCUUCUGUGGAAGACAGUCAAAAAACAAUUUCCGAUGCUAUUGCAGAAUUUGUAAUCCUGGACCAUCAGUUACCUGAUGUUGUAGAAGGAAAAGGUUUCCAAAGACUAAUAGCUACACUGCACUCUCCAUAUAAAAUUCCAAGUAAAACAAAACUUGAAGGAGAGCUAAUUCCGAGAAUUUAUGAUACUAUUAAAGAAAGUGUUAAAUCUUUGGUAUCAUGUCAUCAAGGUGAAAUGGGUUUAAGUGUUGAAGAAUGGAAUUCUUCCAAUGGAGAAUACUUUAUAACCAUUUCUGUGCAUUUUCAACAGUCAUUUAAUCCAGUACUAGAAACAAAAGUAUUGGAUACUUUACACUGCGGUUCAGAAAUGGAUACUGCUGAGUGGGGAAAUGUAUUUGAUGUAUUUUUUUCUGAGUGGGAUAUAAAACUGGAGAAAGUAACUGCGGUAGUCACUGCUACCACAAAACAAGAAAUAUUGAUGGCCUUAGCAGAGAAAGGACUAAUCUUAGUCCCAUGCCUUGUGCAUACUUUGCAGUUAUGCGCAAAUGCUUAUUUUGAACAACCAGAAGUUGUAAAUAUUUUAUAUAAAUGUCGAUCCAUUGUUGCUUUUAUAUCUCAUAAUAAUACUUAUAAAGCAAAACUAAGAAUCCAAGAACAAAUGAUGCAGUUGGAAGAGAAUACUUUGAGAAUGGAUUAUCCUCGUGUUUGGACAUCAACAUAUGUAAUGUUGGAACAACUCCUAAUAAGAAGAAACAUUAUUAUUUCAAUUCUGACUACUGCUGAUAUCGUUGAAAGAGACGAAUUUAUGUUAACUCAAGCAGAAUGGAAAAUUAUGGAAGAAGUAGUUAUGGUAUUAGAACCGUUUAAAGUAUUAAUUAUGACACUUAGUGAAGAAAAGACUCCUUUUAUAUCACUGCUCAAACCACUUCUAUGUCAGUUGAACAAUUCACAUAUGAAAGCUAAAGACAGUGAUUCAGAAAGUGCCAAAAAAUUCAAGACUUUCCUUUCAGAAAAUUUAUUUCAAAGGUAUAAUGAUCCAAAAGUUCAUCAACUACUUCAAACAGCAACCAUGUUAGAUGCCCGAUUUAAAUUGUUACCUGAUGCAAAUGAGGAUGACAAAAAUAUUGUAUCUGGAUGUAUCAAAGAAAUGCUCAUUAAAUUUAUGGACGAAGAACAGAUUUCAAAUGUUGCAGAAGAACAAUCUGAUGAAAGGAGCCGUUUGUCAGGAAUGAAGUUUUUGCUUGGAGAUCAGUGCAAUAGUAAAAAUGGUAUGCCUGCAGAAGAACAAGCAGAUCUGGAGAUAAUGCAAUACCAAUCUGAGAGCAUUGCUGCAUUGGACCACUGUCCACUGCAAUGGUGGGCUCAAGCUUCAGCAAAAUGUCCUAGUUUGGCACGUCUGGCUCGUAAAUAUAAUUGUGUCCCAGCCUCAGCAAGUCCUCCUCAUCGCAUUCCUAUGGAAAGCCAAGUUCUGUUUGAUCUUAGACGAGCAAGCUUGGGACCUGAUCUUGUUGAGAAACUUAUAUUUUUAAAUGGAAAUCAUAGUGUGAAUGAAAAUGUGUUUUUCAUGCCUAAAUAAACAUGCUAGAAAGGUAUGAUGAUAUUUUAAAAAAUAAUUAUUUGCCAUCUAAAGUGUCCCUAGAUUCUUUUUUAACCAUUAUACUGUGAUGUUAAAAACAUGAUAUGAAUUUAUUGUGGUAAUCAAUGGCAUUAAAUGUUUGACUGUGAAGAAAAAAUAAAUAUUAAUGUUUAUUUUUGCUUUUAU